AAUUUCAUAACCUGUAUGAAUUUUGUUUACUUUAUAGUGUAUGAUUAAUAGAUAGAUGCGUUUAUUUUUAGACAGACAAUUUCCCUAGCGAUUAAACAAAAACGGUAGCGGUUGGUCGAUCGAGGCACCACAAGGCCCCGGGCAAUACCCCGACUGCCACAACUCUCUGCAUCUUCUUCUAAUUUUAUAUUUUUAUAUCAGAAAAGAAGACAAAAACAAACAAAUAAUUAUCAUUUCUUUAUUUUUAUUUUUGUUGAUGGACAUAUGCUUCUAAAUAUCCAUUAUAAAUACGGAAUCCCAACACUUCUUUUUCCCUUGCUGACUCAAAUCUCCGAACUCCUAGAAAAUCUCCAAAUUUCCAAGUUAGUUUUUCUUAAUCGUUCAAAUUCCUCACAGUUCUUCAAUUUCCAAGAAACAAACAAGAAAAAUAAUAUCAGCAUCACUUUGCUUGGUGUGAGAUCACACAAAGCAAAUCAAUCUUUGCAUCAUCAAUGGCAUCAACAGGCCUGACUCGAUCGGGAAGUGCGCCGCAGUUCCAUCUAGACGAGAAGUGGAAGCUUGCCAAGAAAGACAGUUUAAGCGGCGGCGCGGCGAGGAUCACACGCUCCUCCUCCACGUCUUCUAUCCCCAUGAACGGCGGCAAGAAGACACACAAACAGGGGAGAUGCGCUUUUACAAGGAAGUGCGCGAGUUUGGUCAAAGAACAGAGAGCUCGUUUCUACAUCAUGCGUCGAUGCGUGAUCAUGCUUGUCUGCUGGAGAGAUAAUUACUCAGAUUCUUGAAAAACCAAACACCAAUCUCUCUCUGUGUUUCUUCAUCUCUCUGUUGUGAAACAGAAGUAGAUAGAUCAUAUACGCAGGUGUACAUAUGCUAUUUUGGUUUCUGCUUCUUUAGAUCAAAUCUAGAUUUGUAACUUUUAUGCGAGUUCUUGAAAGAGGAGUGUGCGCUCAAGAUCAGUUUUAAUCAGUGUGAAUAAGUUUUCAAUAUAAAUUAUUGAAUUAGAUUCUU